AAAGCGCUGAGGUCCUUGUAGGAGCUCACUGCAGCUGCAACGCGGCGCAGGAGUGGGAGGAGGAAUUCCGCAACGUGCGCAGGGCCUGGCAACCAUAUGGUGGCUUGUAGGGGUGGUACUAAUGGUGGUGGCACAAGCCUCAAGCAACUGCUUUGCCUUCCGGAUCAGUUGUCAACUGCUUAGCGGCCAGGACACACAUCUAGUCAGCGAAGUAAAUCAGCGCCAGUGAAACAAGCAAAGAUGAUACCGCACAGCGAGAAUCCUUUUUCGAUCGAGGAUACUUACGUCGAGGAGCCGCAGUUCUCUGAGCAGUGCGGCCACAGUCGUUGUGGACAGCCCCAAACUGCGUAUGAGGUCUAUCAGAGAAUCCUCCUAAGAUUACAAACCCAGGAACAUAAACGCUCCACAGAAGCUAAUGAAAAUGAGAUGAGGAAGAAGUUCUGGAUAGCCAGCUUUACUGGGAGGCCCUUGCAAUAUCAAUGUUAGUUGAACAACGCUCCAAAUCCUUUGUUAAAGAUACUAAAUAAAACCCCGUGAAAAGAAAACCCUGAUAGCAAAUAUAUCCAAAGAUAAACAGA